UUUGCCCAAAGCUCAGUGCCCAUAUUAGAGAGGGGGGGCGAUGUCUCGUCACGUGCAUACCGAAGACGCGGAGGCGCGAGAGCCGCUUCUCACAGGUAACUACCUGGAGCCAGCCGACCUGGACUCCGAUGAAGGUGAAAUAAUUUUCGACAGGAGUACAUCAAACAUCACUGACGCUGAGAGCGCACAGAGAAGAUUAACAUAUGAGGAAGCAGUAGAGCUAUCAGGUUUUGGUUUGUUCCACUGGCUGCUGUUGGUGGUGUGUGGUUGGGCCAAUGCCAGCGACGCCGUGGAGAUUCUGUGUGUGUCUUUCCUCCUGCCAACAGCGCGCUGCGAUCUGCUGCUGAGCUCUUCAGACAUGGGCCUGCUGACUGCCAGCAUUUUCCUCGGAAUGAUGGUGGGGGGCUACAUGUGGGGAUACCUGGCUGACCAGAGGGGGCGUCGCAGGAUCUUGGUUGUGUCCCUGACAGUAAACGGGGUGUUUGGAGGUCUGGCCAGCGUGGCUCCGUGGUUCUGGCUCUUCCUGCUGCUGCGGUUCAUCAGCGGCAUCGGUGUCGGCGGGUCCAUCCCUGUCAUCUUCUCCUACUUCUCAGAGUUUAUGCCCCGACUGAGGAGAGGUGCGAUGAUCAGCGCUCUGGCCACCUUCUGGAUGGCAGGAAACAUCCUGGCUGCAGGUCUGGCGUGGUUGGUGAUUCCAAGAACCUGGGCACAUUUCUCACUGGGCUCUUUGGACUUUCAGAGCUGGAGACUGUUUGUGGUGCUCUGCUCUGUUCCCAGCCUCACCUCAGCACUCCUCUUCAGGCUGCUCAUGCCCGAGAGCCCCAAGUUCCUCAUGGAGGCUGGCCGGGAGAAAGAGGCUCUCCGUGUUUUCCAAGUGAUGUUCCAGCUGAACAUGUGUGGAAAGGGAAAGUCUUUACCGGAGUUUCGUUUGUGCACCAGCUCCAAGAAACGAGAGCAACAGGAGGAGAGAAGAACUCGGGGUUCAUGUACCGAGAGUCUGGCCUGUAUUCUGAGAGAGGCCUUGAUGCCCAUUAGACAGAUGUUUAAUGGUUCUCUCAGAUGCAGGAGCAUCGCUCUGCUCGUAGUCUUCUACUGCAUCUCCUUCGGUUACUACGGGCUGUGGAUGUGGUUCCCGGAGCUGUUUAAGAGAAUCGAGGACGGCGGCUCGCCCUGUGCCAACGUGUCCCUGCCGUCUCUUCUCCACAACCAAAGCUGCUACCCGGUGAAGGCAGCAGUGUAUAUGGAGGGCUUCAUCAUUGCUGCAUCAAACCUCCCUGGAAACAUCUUCACUAUUCUCCUGAUGGGCAACAUCGGGGGAAAGGCUCUGCUGUCCUGCAGCCUGCUGGUGUCCAGUUUGACUGUCUUCUUCAUCUAUAAGGUGCAGACCAAAGUCCAGAGUCUGGUUCUCUCCUGCAUCUUCAGCGGCGUGUCUGUGAUCGCCUGGAACGCCCUAGAUGUGCUGGGAACGGAGCUCUACCCGACGCAGCUACGGUCCUCUGCUCUCGGUUUCUUCACGGGGGUGGGGCGAGUGGCGGCCAUCAUGGGUAACGUCGCCUUCGGAAAGCUGGUGGACUCGAACUGUGCCGUGCCCAUCCUGCUGGUGUCGGCUCUGCUGCUGACCGGAGGACUGGUGGCUCUUCUGCUUCCACAGACCAGGCAGAGCGAGCUCACCUGAUGCCUCAGAAUAUACGUUAUAGAGAUUAAAUAAUUAGAAAGCCUCUCCUUAAUGUCCCUGUGGAGGCGGACCGGAGGAUCGCUUAUCUCCUGCUCCCAGAGGACGUUUGAAUCGUCGUUCUUUGUGCCUUUUAAAUGCCAACAAUCACAGAGCUUGUCAAACGCCGGUGGGGACAGUCUCCACUUUCCAAGAAUUGUUAUUCAGGAAAGUGAAAAGAAAUGCAGGUGUGUUACUAUUUAUUGUGAGGAUUAAAGCGUGACGGACACCUUUUUGAAAAGUGUGUCAAAAACUCUCAUGUUGUCUUCUAAAGGAGUCGUGUUGAACAUGUUCGGUCUCCAGUGAUUGGUUUAGAGGCUCAGAGGGAUCUCGAAGGCUUUAACAUGCGUCUGAUUAUCUAGAGUUUUGCUUUUAGUUAAGGAUAAGUUAACUACUGCACAUUCCACUUCUGCUUUCCUUUGUAAUGUACGAUGUAAAAGGACUGUCGUGGCCGUUUGUCAGGCUCAGCGAUUUAUACAUUCCUUUUUUAAAACUCAAGAUACAUUUAAAAUCUAUGCACACAGAGAGAGAGAGGCGACUCUGGAUCAUUCUGCAGCCAACCUGUCGUGUCCCUGCACAAACUGGACCACAACAGUUCCUGUGGAAAACCAAAGAAAAGAGAGAGGUCGCUCAUUUUCCGAUCACAAUCAUUGUAAAACUAAAAAGUACAGAAUAACAACGCGUUAUAUCUGAACUGUCGACGCGCUCAUGUUCUCAUCAGCGGUUCUUUAAAGCCGCCUGCUCCUCGUGACUACUGAAGACGUUUGUUUUAUUUAAUAAACAUUACUUUUGUUUAUCUCAGCCGUGUGUGUGUGUGUGUGUGUGUGUGUGUGUGUGUGUGUGUGUGUGUGUGUGUGUGUGUGUGUGUGUGUGUGUGUGUGUGUGUGUGUGUGUGUGUGUGUGUGUGUGUGUGUGUGUGUGUGGAACACCUGUAGAAGAGAAAGUUUAAUUUAAAGGAAUACUUCAAUGAAAAGUAUAAGAAUAAAGUGGUUCCUCCAAAUGUGUCCUUACAGAAAAACAAGACGCAUGAGAAUGUAUCUGUAUUUUUUUAUUUAUAUAAUAAAUAAACUUGUAAUACUUCAGGACCACAUUUCACAACCACACACACACACACACACACACACAGUAUGAAUAAAACAUACUUUGGAUAUUUUAAAGCCGAUGCAGAUAAAACUAACCAGACAUGAACUAAAUAAUCUUAUCCAACCGUUUCAUAGAAAGAAGUCUCUUUUCAGUUACAGUAGAAGAAGAACUUCUUCCUCUUUACAUUCUUCAGCAUGACUGGACGUUUCAGGUUUUACUGGUAAACAAAGCAA